CUCUCCCUCUUCCUCUCCUUCUCCCUCUCCCUCCCUCCCUCAAAGUGCUUCGAGAACCAGAAACGCCAAGAUGAGAUUCCUUUUCCGAAAGAAAUGGAAAAACGGCAAAAAUUAUGCCGAAAAAUUGCCAUGGAUUGUGAUACAGGCUGACCUGCUGGAGGCGCGGCUGGGCAGCAGCAGCGGCCUGAGCAGCAGGAGCAGCAGCCCCGGCCCGGGCCCCGAGGGCGCCGCCCCCCGGUGCCAGCGCUGGCGCGGCCGCCUCUGCCUCGUCCGCCUGGCGCAGUUCACGCUCCUGCUCACGCUCGCCGCCGCCGCCGCCCACGCCCUCGCCGCCUCCCUCAGCACGCGCGCCCUGCCGCCCACGCCCUCGCCGCUGCGCCGGCCGCCCCUGCCGCGCCUCUCGCCCGCCCUCCUGCCGCAGCCGGCGCCCUCCUCCCUGCUCGACCUGCGGGGCUUCCACUUCCUGCACGACGCGGCGGAGGCCACGUGCGCGCCCGCGCGCCUGUACUUCGUGUUCCUGGUGCACUCGCGUCCCGACCACUUCCGGCAGCGGCAGGCCAUCCGCGCCACGUGGGGCGGCCUGAGGGCGCUGGAGGGCGGCUGGGCGGCCCGCACCGUCUUCAUGCUCGGCGAGGGCAGCGGGGGGGGCGGGGACGCGGGCGGCGCGGGCGGCGCGGGCGGCGCGGGCGGGGUGAGGGUGGGCGAGCUGGUGCGGCUGGAGGCGCGGCGCCACGGCGACCUCGUGGUGGGCGCCUUCCGCGACCACUACCACAACCUGACGUACAAGCACGCGAUGGCGCUGCGCUGGGCGGCGUCGCGCUGCCGCCGCGCCGCCUUCGUCGUCAAGGCUGACGACGACGCCUUCAUCGACGUCCCGGCGCUGAAGGCGCUGCUCGACCGCACCUUCGCCGCGCAGCCGCCGCGGCGCACCCUCGCGUGCCACGUGCUGCCGCCGGGCACGCAGCCGCAGCGCAGCGGCAAGUGGGCCGUCAGCGCCGCCGACUACCCAUGGGCCGAGUACCCGCAGUACUGCGCCGGCCUGGCCUACGUGGCCACGCCCGACGCCGUCGACGAGCUGGCCCGCGCGGCGCAGGCGGCCGCGGCGUCCCGGGUGUGGGUGGACGACGUGUGGGUCACGGGGCUGCUGGCGGAGGCGCUGCAGCUGCAGCACCACUACCUCAACCUGCGCUACUCCUACGACCACACGGAGAUGGCGGAGUGGGCGUCGCGCGCGCGGGCGUCGCUGCCGCCGCCCUUCGCCUUCGCCCACCUGGACCCCGCGUGCCCCGACUGGCGCCCCACGCUGGACGCGCUCUGGCGCCACGCCCUCGCCGCCCGCAACGCCUCGGCCGACGCCGCCGCGCCCGACAGAUAGGCGGGAGAGAGGGCGGCCGCGAGCCAGGCAAAGGCGCUCGCGCUUCUAAACGUUUUGCGAAGCGAAACACGAGGACCUGCUCGUGACCCUGUGUAAAUAUGUGAAAAAGAUUCCAGUCACCUAUUUUUGUAGACGCCAAAGCUAUAUCACGCAUGUUUCGAGUGUCUGUCUGUCUGUCUGUCUGUCUGUUAGCUGACGGAUUUCACUCAAACAGAACAUUCCACACUGUUUAUGUACAGAAACAGCACGUGCCAUGCAGUGCCUCGACACGGCAGAUUUGCACUAAGGGUGAAAUUAUCAUGUGAUGUGAUACAAUUCCGAGCUUUAAUGUGCCAACUAUCUAUAUAUUUACACUGAGAAUUAGAAUCUACGGGAUUCCCCAAAAUUCUCCAUGAUGUAGAUUUUUUUCUUCUAUUUAUCCUGUUUUUGAUAAUCUGAAGAAAAAAACUGAAGUCAUGAUUGCAAAUCCAUCUCCUUCCUGAUAUGCUUAGAUAUCUGAUAACGUUAUCAUGCAGAUAACAACUACAUAUCAUUCAGAAUACCCAAUUUCAUUUAAUUCCAAGAGACGAUCAAAUCAAAUUGAUCUGAUACAUUUGAUAUUUCAUAUAACUAUUUUUUUCUCUGAGAAAUUAAUUAAAAUCAACUCAGUGUAAGAUUAAAAAAAAAGUAUUAACCAUUUUGGAUAAUAACGAAAAACAACACUAAUCUGUGAUAUUUAGCAAAGUGAGACUAUGUGAUCUUUAUGUAAUAAUUAAAAUGUGAAAAUUUUA